GAAAGCCAAUCGACGCGCUGCCGGGGGUCGCGGAGGGGAACGAGCGCGAACGGGAAACAACGGUCGCCGAUGAUAAAGAGGGGGCGCGUGCGCCCGACGCGCGGCACAGACGCUGGAGACGAGUGCCGUCGCGAGCGCGUGGUGGUGGGAGAAGGCGCGGACACAGCCAGCGGCGCUGCGCCAGAUCGGGCCAUCCCGUCAGACCACGUCCUCACUUUAACGACGGCUGACAGUCUGCUGACGUGUACUCCCGCUCCUCCUCCUCCUCGUCCUCACCCCUGGCUCAAGGAGAACAGCUUCAUCUGUUUAACUGGUGAGGCUGCCCAGUGCAGGAGAAGCAGGAAACAGCUUUGUUUUCGGGGGGAGAGAAGAGAAAGAGAGAGAGAUUGAGAAAGUCCGGCUGAGCAUCCGUCAGGAUGAAGAAAAGCCGGAGUACCCAGGGGGUUACACUGGCCGAUGAGAAUAAGGAGCCCCCCGUGGCACAAUUUUCCGGCACCAACACCCUCGGGGUGGAGAUUUGCAAAGUCCACCGGCGGUUUUCUGGCACCUUGCUGCUGCCUCCGUUGUCAUGGCGACUGGCGGAAAAGGAGAGGGACAGGGACAGGGGCAGGCCGCUCACGCCCGAAGAGGAUCCGGUGACCCGAACCAGACCUACGAGCCUGCCCAUCGCCACGCUGCCUCGCAUCGACAUCACGCAGGCCGACCCCGACAGUUUUGAAGUGGAGAAUGGCCCGCUCUGCUGCAGUCCCUCGGACCCGCAGGCGUCCCCGGGAUCAGGUCUGGCCCUGCACCCCAACUUGGCCGGCCACGGUGGUCAGCGCCGAGAGUCCUUCCUGUACCGCUCCGACAGCGACUACGAACUGUCACCAAAGUCCCUGUCGCGAAACUCCUCCAUUGUCGGAGAACUGCACGGAGAGGACUUGAUCGUGACUCCUUUUGCUCAGGUUCUGGCAAGCCUUCGGACUGUCAGGAACAACUUCACCACCUUGACAAAUGUACAAUGUGCAUCCAACAAGAGGUCUCCUGCUGCAAAUCAACCCUCUGUUACCAAAGUGUGUCUGUCAGAUGAGUCCUACCAGAAGCUGGCCAUGGAGACCAUGGAGGAGCUGGACUGGUGUUUGGACCAGCUGGAGACCAUUCAGACCUACCGCUCUGUCAGCGACAUGGCCUCCAACAAGUUCAAGAGGAUGCUGAACCGGGAGCUGAGCCACCUGUCUGAGAUGAGUCGCUCAGGCAACCAAGUGUCAGAGUACAUCUCCAACACCUUCCUAGACAAGCAAAAUGAACUGGAGCUUCCGUGUCCGGUUCCAAAGUCCAGGGAAAGGAAGAGGAGGCAGGGCCAGCAGCAGCAGCAGCAGCAGCAGGGUGGGAUGAUGACUCAGAUCAGCGGGGUGAGGAAGGUCAGCCACACGCCCAGCAUCUCUGGGAGCACCAGCAACCGCUUCGGGGUCAAGACAGACCAGGAGGAACUGCUGUCCAAGGACCUGGAAGACAUCAACAGAUGGGGUCUGAAUAUCUUCAAAGUGGCCGAGCACUCCCACAACCGACCGCUCACGUGCAUCAUGUACACCAUCUUUCAGGAGCGAGACCUGAUGAGAACGUUCAAGAUUCCAACUGACACCUUUGUGACGUUCAUGCUGACCCUGGAGGGCCACUACCACUCCGACGUGGCCUACCACAACAGCCUGCACGCCGCCGACGUAGCCCAGUCCACCCACAUCCUCCUCUCCACCCCCGCUCUGGAUGCCGUCUUUACUGAUCUGGAGAUCCUGGCGGCCAUUUUCGCUGCGGCCAUACAUGACGUGGACCACCCAGGUGUCUCCAACCAGUUCCUCAUCAACACCAACUCUGAGCUGGCUCUGAUGUACAACGAUGAGUCAGUGCUGGAGAACCACCACUUGGCCGUGGGCUUCAAACUGCUGCAGGAAGACAACUGCGACAUCUUCCAAAACCUCACCAAGAAGCAGAGGCAGACGCUCCGGAGAGUGGUCAUAGACAUGGUAUUGGCAACUGACAUGUCUAAACACAUGAGCCUGCUGGCUGAUCUGAAGACAAUGGUGGAGACCAAGAAGGUGACCAGCUCUGGAGUCCUGCUUCUGGACAACUACACAGAUAGAAUGCAGGUUCUGCGGAACAUGGUUCACUGUGCCGAUCUGAGCAACCCGACCAAACCACUGGAUCUGUACCGGCAGUGGACGGACCGUAUCAUGGACGAGUUCUUCCACCAGGGAGACAGAGAGCGGGAGCGGGGGAUGGAGAUCAGCCCCAUGUGUGACAAACACACCGCUUCAGUGGAGAGGACACAGGUUGGCUUCAUCGACUAUAUCGUCCACCCUCUGUGGGAGACGUGGGCCGACCUGGUCCACCCCGACGCCCAGGACAUCCUCGACACGCUCGAGGACAACAGGAACUGGUACCAAAGCAUGAUCCCUCAGAGCCCCUCCCCGCCCUUUUACACCGGUGACGCAGAAGGGAGCCCACACGGGGAGGAGGAGGAGGGGGGACCCAUGACGAGUAAAUUUCAGUUUGAACUGACGCUGGACGACGAGGACGGACAGGGGGGAGACGGGGAGAGCGGGAUGAUGGAGAGGACCGACGCAUGUGACACUCUGACAUUCCAAAACCAUCCCUCUGAUGAGGACGGUGCAGAGAUGGCGACGCGCAACGUCUCCCCGGCGGAAACAUAGCUGAACUGGCGGUGUUAGUUAGAGUGCAGCGUGUUUUGCUGUUUUUUGGCUGAGUUCAUUUAAUUGCAGUGGAGGAAUCCUGCAAUCUGGCUCUUCGGAGCUGCCUGGCUGCUGGGUCUGACUGAAUGUGGGGCACCCCUGCAAACGAGGCCUGGAUAAAACCCGUGGCUGUUUGAUUUUGAGCCCUUGAAGAGAGCUGACCUGAGCGCAGCCUCCGCUUUUAACGAAGGGACUACUGUGGGACUGCGGAGGCGGGGCCGAGUCUGAAUAAGACGAUGUAGAUGAUAUGAAUCGGUGUACUGGGACAAGAUAUCCAAAACUUGCACUUCCGGGCACUUUUUAUGUUCAUUACUAUUCUUUUGUACUGUGUCAGGACUGGAUGCCACCUGGUAGUGUCCAACCAAAACUACUGGUCAGCAAGUUAUUUGUAACCAAUUAGUUUUUUCAAACACAAGUUGUGUGCCUUUUCUUUUUUUUUUUGUAACAGCCGUAUCUUUUUCUAAGUGUUUUUUUUUUUUUAUAUAUAUAUAUAUGUGUAUAUAUAAUUUAUUGAAGACAUCAAUGUAGCUGUAAAAUGUGUAAACUUUUUUACAAAGAGGACAACUUUGUCUCACACAGUCUUCCUAAUGUUUUGGCAAUAGUAUAAGCUGGUGGAGCGGAGGUAGUUCAACAAAAAAAAAUAAGUUGACUUCCCAGCACAAUUUUGCACUUUGCGGCGUGCAGAAAGAGGAGGAGAGUGUGGAAACUCAUUGACGAAAUCAUGUGAUUUAUCCAACUAUCUUUAUCCAGUAAUUCAUUACGUAAGUGAUUAAAUAUGAGAUUCUCUGAAAGUAUUUUUGAGUAAAAAAGAACUGCAAAGAUCCUGUGAAGAAAGCACUUUGAUCGAUGCCUCUCAACAGUGUAAACACACGCUUUAAGAGUCUCCAGCGGAACAAGUGAAACUUCCAUCGAGAGGCUCAAUUGAUCAUGUAGCUUAACCCAAAGAUCAGGGCAAAUCAAAGUUUAUUACCAAGUGUCAUUUCACCAAAGUAUAUCUAAUAGGAAACUCCACAACCUUGUAUUGUACUGAGCCAUAUUCCAGUAUGGGAAAAUCUGUCUCCACCUUGUAAUUCCUUUUUUUUCACCAUCAAACGCCUGAUAUCGUUUACUGAAGUACAUCCUCGUGAAUACGCUUUUACACAGUGUCUCCUUUUUUAAAAAUUCGAAUGACUGUGAGACUGUGAGCGCAUUUUUAAAAAGACACCUGACAGUGACAUGAUAAUUGUAUGUUGUAGUAGUUGUUCCAGCACUUUGAAUAUGACGACAGUUCUGCAGCUGGUUGCUGAUCUGUCCAACACUACCUUAAAGGUACCACAUUGUAAGGGCACAACCUUCAGAGUAAAGGGGGAGUGGGCGUGAGUGUGCGUGAGCGAGUGUGUGAGUGUGUGAGUGUGCGUGUGUGUGUUAACCGUAACAACCGUUGCACAAUCUUGUUGCACCCAGCUGUGUGGUGCGGCCUCUUCAGCUAUUUGUGACAGUGUAUUUAUUAUCUUCCCCUUGUACAUGAUAAUAUUGACAAUAUUCUCUGUAUAUUUGUUAUUAUUUAUAUGCACUACCACGUGUCAAAUCACAGUCUGACUGAACUCGUCUCGUGGUUUCCGAUUUUCGUCGUAUCAGACCAUGACACGGACUUAUGCAGUGCGAUUAUGACAAAAUUUGAAAUGUAUAGAAAUGUUUCCAGUUUUGAGCUUCCAGCCGGAGACGUUUGUAGAGUCUGAACCAACAACACCUCACGUGAGGUGCAGAAGAAAGCUUUGUGUCCUUUGUUCCCGUCGGAGCACAGAGGCUGGAUAUUUACUGCAGUAUAUUGUGUACGGUGACGGGUCAUUGUACAGCUUUGGGAAUAUUUGCUGAAAUAUAUGACAUUGUUUUGGAUGUAUUUUUUCAGUGUCUUCCUCACGAUAUAAUGGUAAAAAAAAGUGUAUGUUGUGCUCACUAAAAAUUUUUCUAUGAGAUUAUUAAAAUGGGCAUGUAUUACAGAAAA